CAAGCCACGAUAAGUAUUAAGUGUACCGAUAGAUUUUUCUGUAGCUUGUUAACCUAUUAGCAUUUGUGAAAAUGCACUUAAUAUGUAUUAAGAUGAAAGAAAAUUAUUGGGAUUGGUUUCGAUGUUUCUUCUCCUCCAAAAGUCCACUAAAAGCUUAGUAAAUUCCCUCAAUUUUAUUGAGAAGCUGCAUCAUUUCAUAAUUGUUUUACUUUUAUUUAAAAUCAUAUUUAUGGGCUAUGUUCCUUUUGCCUCUUUAAUAAACCAGUAAGACGUAACUGACGUAAGUAACACAAGCAAAAAUCAAAUAAAUAUCAACAACGUGGUGUCUACAAUAAUGUAUUAUUUGCACUAGGUCUAUGAUUAUUUGUCCAAUAACUACAUAAUAAUAAGUUAAUAAAUAUGAUUUGUUAAACUACCGCGAAACUCACAAUAAUGCAUUAUAAAUUGCAGUGGUGUUUUAAAAUUAAGAAGUUCCUGGUCUGCUUUGAGUAGUUCUCUAUUCACGUUCUCACUACCAUUUAGGUAUUUAGUUCAUAAUUGAAAUAAUUGUAAGUACCAUGUAAUUAUGACUGAAGAAAAUGAAAAAAACGUCGAAAAUUCUUCAUCUGCUAAAACUGUAAAGUUCGAGGAAUUAUUUCCUCAGAUUACUCUUUUUGACAUAUCUAUAGACACUGGAUUGCAAGAUAAUGAAGGAAAUAUUUUGCCAAGACCCUACACAAAAAGCCAAAUGCGUAAGUGGCUUAAAAAGGUUAAAUGGGAAAAUCAUAAAGCUGAAAAACGUGCUAGAGAAAAAAAGAGAGCAAAGGAAAGAAGAAGAAAAGCUCAGGCGGCUAAUAUUGACAUAGGACCAAGUCGUAAAGCAUUGAAAAAAAUGAAAGAAAAACAUAAGAAACAUGGUGGUAUAAUUAUUGAUUUAAGUUUCGGUCAUUUAAUGAUUGAAAAAGAUAGGUUUAAAGUGAUCAAACAAAUCCUGCGAUGUUAUUCCAUAAACAGACGGUCAGAACAACCACUGCAUUUUCACAUAACUAGUUUUGGUGAGAAAUCUAGAAAUGAUAUGUCUAGACACAAUGGCUAUGAAAACUGGGAUAUUGCAUUUCAUGAACAACCUUAUCUUGAAGUGUUCCCAAAAGAAAAACUGGUUUACUUGACAAGUGAAUCUGAAAAUAUCAUUGAGAGCUUUGAUGAUGAUACUUAUUACAUAAUAGGCGGGGUGUUUGUCAUAAUAUAUCUGUGGAACAAGGAAUAAGGCAUGGCCGUUUACCUUUAGAUAAAUAUAUUAACAUGAAAACGAGAAAGGUUUUAACAAUAGAUCAUGGUAAUUAAGACUGAAUUUCUUUUAUCUCACAUAUCUCUCACUUUUUGGUGUUUUAAUUGAUUGAACAUAGGAAAACAAUUUUUUUUUAUUGCUUAGAUGUGUAGACGAGCUCACAGCCCACCUGGUGUAAAGUGGUUACUGGAGCCCAUAGACAUCUAAGACGUAAAUGCGCCACCACCUUGUGAUAUAAGUUCUAAGGUCUCAGUAUAGUUACAACGGCUACCCCACCCUUCAAACCGAAACGCAUUACUGUUUCACGGCAGAAAUAGGCGGGGUGGUGGUACCUACCCAUGCGGACUCACAAGAGGUCCUACCACCAGUAUAAGUAGCAUUUUAUAAGUAAGCUUCAGUGUCAGUACCUUCAUGAAACUUAUUCAGGGUCUGGAUGUACAAUACUUAUUGUACUUGUAUAUCUAUAGCACCUGUAAUACAGGAGGAAAUCCUAGCUUGAGGCUGUUGAAUGUGGGAUAGUUACUUACUUUUAUUAAGCUUGAUUAGCUGUCAGAGUGAACAAGAGUGUGAUUGAAAAUGGAGAUGAAUGGUAGAAUAAAGUUUAUUGUGGAGAACCCUAUUAAAAGAAAAAGGAUAUGGAAGGUUGUGAUGAAUUAAACUUAUUGCCUUCAACACGGCAACAACAAUUUAAUGAAAGUUACUUUUUUUUUAAUUACAUAAUUUGCAUUAAAAAUUUGUUUUCAGUUUUUGAAAUUAUGCUCAAGAUAUCUGAAGGACUAACAUGGCAGGAGACCCUGAUAAGGGUCCUCCCGGUACGAAAAGGAGCUCACAUUUGUAACGCUAGUAACUCAAAUUUAAGCUUAGAUUCAGAAAAUGCUGUGAAUUCUAUAUGAGUGCUGAAUUGUGUAAAUAAAUAAUAGAAAUUCAUUAUUUAAAAUAAAAAAGUAAAUGAAAAGAAUAA